AUGGAACGAGCCAUUUACAAUCGUGCCCUGGAAGCACCCCUGCAGAUGGCUGUCACAGAUGGCGCGGUUCAUCUGACCUACGCAGGGCUUCUGACCGAAUCCAUCGACCUGGCACGUAAGCUCCGAGCCAAAAGUGUGUCUGCAGCAGAGCCCGUGGGUAUUCUGCUUGGCCCGGGCGUUCGGCACAUUACCGCUCAGCUGGCCGUUCUUUUCGUGGGGGGCACAUGCGUGCCUAUCGAGCCGACCAUCCCAGAACUUCGCCUCAAGAGUUUGCUGGAAGACAUCCACGCAAAGUUUAUCAUCACGGGGCGAGAGAAUCCGACCGACCUGCCAGGAUUUGAAAUUUUUGGCCUUGGCUACCCACAGGAACCGCAAAGCAGCGGAGUACCGAAUUGGGAGUUCGGUACUACUGCAUCCCGGAGCCACAUACUCUUUACCUCUGGCUCCACUGGAAAACCAAAGCCUGUCCAGAUCCGAGCCGACAGUAUCGUGCAUCUGGCGACGCAGACUCCCCUUACCCCGCUCUCUCGGGGGGAUCGAGUUGCCCAAUUCAACAACCCAGGGUUCGACCUGAGUCUGUUUGAGAUUUGGGCGACACUGCUCUCGGGGGCCACCAUUGUUACGGUUCCUCGGCAGAUUGCGGUGGAUCCUGGCUGUCUGUCUUCGUUUCUUCAAGAAUAUGAAGUUACAGUGAUCAUAAUGACGGCUGCAUUGUUCGAGAUCAUUGCUUUCGCCUCGCCUGGGACAUUCAAAACCCUGCGCCAUGUCAUCACAGCCGGCGACGUUGCCAAUGUCCGAGCCAUGAGAAGGACGCUUGAUCACGAUCCUCCUGAUCAUCUGUGGAACGUCUACGGGCCAACUGAGUGCACCACAUUCGUGACCGCGAUGGAAGUCCUGCCUGAAGAGGCACAGCGGGAUCGUAUCAGCAUUGGACGCCCUGUGGGCGAAACCAGGAUCUACCUGCUGGACGAGAAUCAAGUACCCAUUCAGCAGAGCGGUCAGCGCGGAGAGAUCUACAUUGCGGGACCAGGGUUAGCUAUGGGCUAUCUGAACCGACCAUCCGAGAACAAGAACUGCUUUAUACAGAUUGCCAGGGACAGUCCGCAUGCUGGCCAGGACGAGAUCGUACGUCUGUAUCGGACGGGCGACCUGGCCGAGUGGCGGCCCAACAGCGAUUAUCUUGACUUUUUCGGCCGAGCAGACGAUCAGGUCAAGCACCAGGGCUUUCGCAUCGAGCUGGGUGAGAUCGAACGCGUUCUGCGAUCUCAUGUGGCGGUCCAGGCGGCGGCGGUCACCCAGCAGCCACCGUCUAGGAACAAGAUGGAUUCGUUGGUGGCGUUUGUCAUAUUCAGCCAGGCAGAAGAGGUGGAUGCAGAGAGUCUGGUUGAUUUUUCCCGCCAGUAUCUGCCGUCGUACAUGGUGCCGGAUAGCGUGAAGGUGGUCGGCGCGUUCCCUCUGACGGCACACGCUAAGGUCGACCGCCAGGAGUUGUUACAGCAGUGGGUCACUUCUAUCGAGGAGGGCGAGGCAGAUACCAGAGAAGUCUGUGAGAAGAGAUAUGUUCUCCGCAGUCUAUGGAGCGAUAUUCUCCACGUCCCACGAAUCAAUGAUGACGAUGACUUCUUCAGACUGGGCGCUACCUCCCUUCAGGCGGCCUCGCUCUUGGCGAUGAUCCAUGAUUACUUGGGUCGGACAGUUACCAUGGAGGAGUUGUAUCGGCAUUCUCAACUCUCUGAUCUGCAGGCCCUCGUGGAACCCGACGGGCCCGUCUUCCGUGACAACGCUCCCGAUGACACGCGUGCAUGGAUAAACGACGUGGAUCUGGUGAACGAGAUUGAAAUGGUGCCGGAAUGGGAAGCUCCUAGCGAAGGUCGGGUAUUCAUCACCGGCGUGACGGGGUUUGUGGGCCCUCAUCUCCUCCACAGUUUGAUGCGCCGGCCUGGCGUUAAACAAAUUGCCUGUCUCGUGCGGCCGAAAGGAAAUGAUGCCGCUGGACGGGUGAAAUCCGCCAUGCAGCGAUACGACCUGUGGGAGGAGUGCGAAGCGCACAAGUCCAAGCUGCUCGUCUUUGAGGGCGAUCUUUCUGAAGAUCAUCUCGGAUUAGACCUCGAGCUCUUCACUUGGCUCUCCAACUGGGCCUCGGUCGUGUUUCAUCUCGGAGCGAAGAUCAACUUCUGCGAGUCCUACCGUGAACACCGCGAUACGAACGUCAUCGGCACCCUCAAUGCCUUACACCUCGCCGCAAGCGGUCGCCACAAGUCCUUCCACUAUCUUUCCAGUAUCGACACUUGGGGUCCGACGGGGUUCAUCCUUGGAACGAAGGAGCUUCACGAAGACGAGCCCCUGCAGCCUCACAUCCAAGGUUUGCGCUACGACAUUGGCUACGCACAAAGCCAGUGGACCGCCGAAGCGAUGGUGCGACGGAUGCGCGACCGCGGCCUGCCCACUGCCAUCUACCGUCCGGGCUUCACCAUCGGACACAGUCAGACUGGGGCCAGCAACCCAGAUGACUUCGUCACGCGGAUCAUCGUGGGAAGCAUCCAACUGGGUCUUUUCCCUCGUCUCGACCAGCGACUCGAAUAUGUCCCUGUCGACUACGUUGUGUCCGCCAUGCUGUAUAUCGCCUCGUCCAAUGCCAACCUCAACCACUCGUUUAGUCUCGUCGCGCCGGAUCAGAGGGACUCGGUCACUGUUACCGAUACAGCCCGUGUGCUGAAAGAAGCCGGAUACCCUGUCACAGUUGUCGAUUAUCCGGAAUGGGUAGCCCAAGCGGCGCAACACCAACGGCCAGACGGACCACUCGCGCCACUGCUGCCGUUGCUUCAGGAACGCGUUCUGGGUCGGUUGACCCGGUGGGAGGCCAGUCAGUACUCGCCUGUUUAUCGAUGUGAUAAAGCUGUUAGGGCGCUGGAGGGUAGUGGGAUUUCCUAUAGAGAGCUAGAUGCGGAUUUGCUGAAGAGGUUCGUUAGUUUUUGGAAAAGGAAGGGCUUUUAUGAUUUGCCUGGAGAGGGAUAG